GCCGUCUCUGCCUCGGGGAAGGCGGGGAUGAGGGCUGGGGAGAGCCGCGGGAGGAGGCGGCGGCGGCGGCCAGCGGGGAGCCCGCGCCGUCUCCUGCGGUAGGACUCCCCGGAGCCACCAUCAUGGUGAAGAGGAAGAGCUCCGAGGGCCAGGAGCAGGACGGCGGCCGCGGCAUCCCGCUGCCCAUCCAGACCUUCCUGUGGCGGCAAACCAGUGCAUUUUUGAGGCCUAAACUGGGAAAGCAAUAUGAAGCCUCAUGUGUGUCCUUUGAACGAGUAUUGGUAGAAAACAAGCUGCAUGGCCUCUCUCCAGCCCUCUCUGAAGCCAUCCAGAGCAUUUCCAGAUGGGAGCUGGUGCAAGCUGCUUUGCCUCACGUCCUUCAUUGCACGGCAACUCUGCUUUCAAACAGGAACAAACUAGGUCACCAGGAUAAACUGGGUGUCGCUGAGACAAAGCUCCUUCACACCCUGCACUGGAUGCUCCUGGAGGCCCCCCAGGACUGCAACAGUGAGCUUUUUGGGGGCACAGACCGGGGCUCCAGCUGGGGUGGUGGCAGCAGUGCCUUCAUCCACCAGGUUGAAAACCAGGGCUCUCCGGGGCAGCCUGGCCAGAGCAGCGCCAACGAUGAAGAAGAAAACACUCGAAGGAAGAUCUUCCAGAACUCUAUGGCAACUGUGGAGCUCUUCGUGUUUCUGUUCGCUCCUCUUGUGCACAGGAUCAAGGAAUCUGACCUCACGUUCCGACUGGCCAGUGGGCUUGUUAUAUGGCAGCCCAUGUGGGAGCACAGGCAGCCUGAAGUUUCUGGCUUCACAGCACUGGUGAAACCCAUCAGGAACAUCAUUACAGCCAAAAGAAGCUCUCCUAUCAACAGUCAAAGUCAGUCCUGUGAAUCACCAAAUCAAGACACAAGAAACCGAGAGGGACUCCAGGUGGUCUGUGAAACAUUUCAGCCAGAUUCCAUCUCACCCAAGGCCACCAUUUCAGGCUGCCACCGAGGAAACUCCUUUGAUGGAAGUCUGUCCUCCCAAACAUCCCAGGAAAGAGGCCCGUCACAUUCCAGGGCCUCACUCGUGAUACCUCCAUGCCAAAGGUCCCGCUAUGCCACCUACUUUGAUGUUGCUGUGCUUCGCUGCCUACUCCAGCCCCAUUGGUCUGAGGAAGGCACUCAGUGGUCUCUGAUGUAUUAUCUGCAAAGGCUGCGACACAUGUUGGAAGAGAAGCCAGAAAGGCCCCCAGAGGCAGAUGUCCCUCUCCUGCCCAGACCCAGAAGUAGCUCUAUGGUGGCAGCAGCCCCCUCCCUAGUGAACACCCACAAAACCCAAGAUCUCACCAUGAAGUGUAAUGAAGAGGAAAAAUCACUUAGCCCUGAGGCCUUUUCCAAGGUUUCAUUGACUAAUCUACGUAGGUCUGCAGUCCCAGAUCUUUCUUCAGACCUUGGCAUGAACAUUUUUAAGAAGUUCAAGAGCCGCAAAGAAGACCGAGAGAGGAAAGGCUCCAUCCCGUUCCACCACACAGGGAAGAGGAGGCCACGAAGAAUGGGGGUGCCGUUCCUGCUCCACGAGGACCACCUGGACGUGUCCCCAACCCGAAGCACGUUCUCCUUCGGAAGUUUCUCCGGGCUUGGAGAAGACAGGCGAGGCAUUGAGAAAGGAGGCUGGCAAACCACCAUUCUAGGGAAGUUCACCCGGCGGGGCAGCUCAGAUGCGGCCACUGAGAUGGAGAGCCUGAGCGCCAGGCACUCCCACUCCCAUCACACCCUGGUGAGCGACCUGCCGGACCACUCCGACAGCCACGGAGAGAACACCGUCAAGGAAGGUGGGUCGGAGGCGGCCCCUGCAGGCGGGAGUUCAGUGCGAUCCCAGAUCUCCACCAUCACAGUGGCAACCUUCAAUACCACACUGGCAUCAUUCAAUGUAGGCUAUGCAGAUUUUUUCAGUGAGCAUAUGAGGAAGCUCUGCAACCAGGUGCCUAUCCCAGAGAUGCCCCAUGAACCCCUGGCAUGUGCAAACCUGCCUCGAAGCCUCACAGACUCCUGCAUAAACUACAGCUAUUUGGAGGACACAGAACAUAUCGAUGGGACCAAUAACUUUGUGCACAAGAAUGGCAUGCUUGAUCUUUCUGUGGUUCUGAAAGCUGUUUAUCUUGUCCUUAACCAUGACAUCAGUUCUCGUAUCUGUGAUGUGGCACUAAACAUUGUUGAGUGCUUGCUUCAACUCGGUGUGGUGCCUUGUGUAGAAAAGAACAGAAAGAAGAGUGAAAACAAGGAAAAUGAGACUAUGGAAAAAAGGGCAAGUGAGGGAACUUUCCAGUUCAAAGGAGUAUCUGGAAGUUCCACCUGUGGAUUUGGGGGCCCUUCAGCUAGCGGAGCUGGAGACGGUGGAGAAGAAGGAGGAGGUGGAGAUGGAGGAGGUGGAGGAGGAGGUGGAGGAGGCCCUUAUGAGAAGAAUGAGAAGAAUCAAGAAAAGGAUGAAAGUACCCCUGUAAGCAACCAUAGGCUUGCUCUGACCAUGCUCAUCAAAAUAGUGAAAUCUUUGGGAUGUGCCUAUGGUUGCGGAGAGGGACACCGAGGGCUCUCUGGAGAUCGUCUGAGACACCAGGUAUUCCGAGAGAAUGCCCAGAACUGCCUUACUAAGCUAUACAAGCUAGAUAAGAUGCAGUUCCGACAAACCAUGAGGGACUAUGUGAACAAGGAUUCUCUCAAUAAUGUAGUGGACUUCUUGCAUGCUUUGCUAGGAUUUUGUAUGGAGCCGGUCACUGACAACAAGGCUGGGUUUGGAAAUAACUUCACCACGGUGGACAACAAAUCCACAGCCCAGAACGUGGAAGGCAUUAUCGUCAGCGCCAUGUUUAAAUCCCUCAUCACCCGCUGCGCUUCAACCACACAUGAAUUGCACAGCCCUGAGAAUCUGGGGCUGUAUUGUGACAUCCGUCAGCUGGUCCAGUUUAUCAAAGAGGCUCAUGGGAAUGUCUUCAGGAGAGUGGCCCUCAGUGCUUUGCUUGACAGUGCUGAGAAAUUGGCACCAGGAAAAAAGGUGGAGGAGAAUGAACAGGAAUCUAAGCCUGCGGGCAGUAAAAGGUCGGAGGCGGGAAGCAUUGUGGAUAAAGGCCAAGUGUCCUCUGCCCCUGAGGAAUGUCGCAGCUUCAUGUCCGGCCGCCCCUCGCAGACUCCGGAGCACGAUGAACAAAUGCAAGGGGGCAACCUUGGACGGAAAGAUUUCUGGCGCAAGAUGUUCAAGUCCCAGAGUGCAGCAAGUGACACCAGCAGCCAGUCGGAGCAGGACACUUCAGAGUGCACCACUGCCCACUCAGGGACUGCCUCUGACCGGCGCGCCCGCUCACGGUCCCGCAGAAUUUCCCUCCGGAAGAAGCUUAAACUUCCCAUAGGUAAAAGAAACUGGCUGAAACGGUCCUCCCUCUCGGGCCUGGCAGAUGGUGUGGAGGACCUCCUGGACAUCAGCUCUGUGGACCGCCUGUCUUUCAUCAGGCAAAGCUCCAAGGUCAAAUUCACCAGCGCUGUGAAGCUUUCUGAAGGUGGGCCGGGGAGUGGAAUGGAAAAUGGAAGGGAUGAGGAGGAGAAUUUCUUCAAGCGUCUUGGUUGCCACAGUUUCGACGACCAUCUGUCUUCCAACCAAGAUGGUGGAAAAAGCAAAAACGUGGUGAAUCUGGGAGCAAUCCGACAAGGCAUGAAGCGCUUUCAAUUUCUGUUAAACUGCUGUGAGCCAGGGACAAUUCCCGAUGCGUCCAUCCUGGCAGCCGCGCUGGAUCUUGAAGCGCCUGUGGUCGCCAGAGCUGCGCUGUUCCUGGAAUGUGCCCGUUUCGUCCACCGCUGCAACCGCGGCAACUGGCCAGAGUGGAUGAAAGGGCAUCACGUGAACAUCACCAAGAAAGGCCUUUCCAGGGGGCGCUCUCCCAUCGUGGGCAACAAGCGGAACCAGAAGCUGCAGUGGAAUGCUGCCAAGCUCUUCUACCAAUGGGGAGACGCAAUCGGCGUCCGAUUGAAUGAGCUGUGCCACGGGGAAAGUGAGAGCCCGGCCAACCUGCUGGGCCUCAUUUAUGAUGAAGAGACGAAGAGGAGACUAAGAAAGGAGGAUGAGGAGGAAGACUUUUUAGAUGACAGUAAGGAGACUCCCUUUACUACAAGAACCCUUGCUUGUACUGUGAACCCCUCUAAAUGUGGCUGUCCCUUUGCCUUGAAGAUGGCAGCAUGCCAGCUUCUCCUCGAGAUUACCACCUUCUUGCGGGAGACCUUUUCUUGCCUGCCCAGGCCACGCACUGAGCCUCUGAUGGACUUGGAGAGCUGCAGACUUCGUCUGGAUCCUGAGCUGGACCGGCACAGAUAUGAGAGGAAAAUCAGCUUUGCUGGGGUCCUAGAUGAAAAUGAAGACUCAAAAGAUUCCCUCCACAGUAGUAGCCAUACCCUCAAAUCAGAUGCAGGUGUUGAGGAGAAGAAAGAUGUUCACAUGGACAUGAGCAGUAACAAUGUGUCACAACUUCUACCCUGCACUACUGAUCUUAAGAUGUCAUCAAUUGUGAGACAAAUCUCAAUUUCAGUUCCCAGCAGGAAGAUCAGGAUAGGAGGCUCCCGCCUGCUCCAGAUUAAAGGAACCCGCAGUUUCCAGGUGAAGAAGGGGGGUUCCUUGUCCAGCAUUCGCCGGGUCGGCAGCUUAAAGAGCAGCAAGUUAUCACGGCAGGACUCAGAGUCUGAGGCUGAGGAGCUGCAGCUGUCCCAGAGCAGGGACACUGUCACUGACCUAGAUCAAGAGAAGGAGAGCAGAGCCAGAGAAGGGAGUCCUUGGAGUACCAGCGAGCCCAGCAUUGAGCCGGAGGGAAUGAGUACUGCCGGCACAGAGGAGAAUUACCACAGGAACAUGUCGUGGCUUCAUGUCAUGAUCUUGCUGUGCAAUCAGCAGAGCUUCAUCUGCACCCACGUUGACUACUGCCACCCGCACUGCUACCUACACCACAGCCGUUCCUGUGCCCGGCUCGUCAGGGCCAUCAAGCUGCUCUACGGAGAUAACGUGGACUCCCUCCGGGAGGGCAGCAACAUGAGCAACGUGGUUCUCCGGGGCAAGAAACAGAAGGAGUGCUCAGACAAGUCGUGCCUGAGGACGCCUUCCCUGAAGAAGAGAGUUUCAGAUGCCAACCUGGAAGGCAAAAAGGACUCUGGAAUGCUGAAAUACAUCAGACUGCAGGUGAUGAGCCUGUCGCCUGCUCCCUUAUCUCUACUAAUCAAGGCGGCCCCAGUUCUGACAGAGGAGAUGUACGGAGACAUCCAGCCAGCUGCCUGGGAACUCCUGCUCAGCAUGGAUGAGCACAUGGCAGGGGCGGCAGGUAAAGAAAGACCACCUGGGACCCUGGUCCUGCUGCCACUCUUCCCAGUGUUUAAACAAGAGAGAGCUGCCAUGUUCCUACUGUGUGCGGUGAAAGUCCCCGAGGCCGUGUCCGACAUGCUGAUGUCCGAGUUCCACCACCCAGAGACGGUGCAGAGGCUGAACGCCGUCCUCAAGUUCCACACGCUCUGGAGGUUUCGCUAUCAGGUCUGGCCCAGGAUGGAGGAGGGAGCACAGCAGAUUUUUAAGAUUCCACCUCCCAGUAUAAAUUUCACCCUGCCCUCGCCAGUGCUUGGAAUGCCAUCCAUCCCGAUGUUUGACCCCCCGUGGGUCCCUCAGUGCAGCGGGAGUGUCCAGGACCCCAUUAAUGAAGACCAGUCUAAAUCUUUUUCAGCCCGGGCUGUGUCCCGCUCCCAUCAAAGAGCAGAGCACAUCUUAAAGAACUUGCAACAGGAGGAAGAGAAGAAACGUCUUGGUCGAGAAGCCAGCCUCAUCACCGCCAUCCCCAUCACCCAGGAGGCCUGCUACGAGCCCACAUGCACACCCAACUCGGAGCCAGAGGAAGAAGUAGAAGAAGUCACCAAUCUGGCAUCCCGUCGACUGUCUGUCAGUCCAUCCUGUACCUCCAGCACUUCCCACAGGAACUACUCCUUCCGCCGAGGGUCAGUCUGGUCGGUGCGUUCAGCCGUCAGUGCCGAAGAUGAGGAGCACACCACCGAACACACACCAAACCACCAUGUGCCUCAGCCCCCACAGGCAGUGUUCCCAGCAUGCAUCUGUGCAGCCGUGCUCCCCAUUGUUCAUCUCAUGGAAGAUGGUGAGGUGCGGGAAGAUGGAGUAGCAGUGAGCGCUGUGGCCCAGCAAGUCUUAUGGAAUUGUCUAAUUGAAGAUCCAUCAACAGUUCUUCGACAUUUUCUGGAAAAACUGACCAUCAGCAAUAGACAAGAUGAGUUAAUGUACAUGCUGCGCAAACUUCUCCUGAAUAUUGGAGACUUUCCCGCUCAGACAUCUCACAUCCUAUUCAACUACUUGGUGGGACUCAUCAUGUACUUUGUCCGGACCCCCUGUGAGUGGGGGAUGGAUGCCAUCUCAGCCACGCUGACUUUCCUGUGGGAGGUGGUGGGUUAUGUGGAAGGCCUGUUCUUCAAAGAUCUGAAGCAGACCAUGAAGAAGGAGCAGUGUGAGGCCAAGCUGCUGGUGACUGCUUCGAUGCCAGGUACUAAAACCUUGGUAGUUCAUGGACAGAAUGAGUGUGAUAUCCCAACCCAGUUACCAGUCCAUGAAGACACUCAGUUUGAAGCUCUGUUGAAAGAGUGUCUGGAGUUUUUUAAUAUCCCAGAAUCCCAGUCAACACAUUAUUUUCUCAUGGAUAAACGAUGGAAUCUUAUCCACUAUAAUAAGACCUACGUUCGGGAUAUUUAUCCUUUCCGGAGGUCGGUAUCUCCACAGCUGAACCUUGUACAUAUGCAUCCAGAGAAAGGACAGGAGCUCAUUCAGAAACAGGUGUUCACUCGGAAGCUGGAGGAAGUGGGGCGGGUUUUGUUUCUCAUCUCCCUCACCCAGAAGAUCCCCACGGCCCACAAGCAGUCCCACGUCUCCAUGCUCCAAGAGGACCUCCUCCGACUGCCCUCGUUCCCUCGAAGUGCCAUUGAUGCUGAGUUUUCACUCUUCAGUGACCCUCAAGCUGGCAAGGAGCUGUUUGGCCUUGACACUCUUCAGAAAAGCCUGUGGAUCCAGCUUCUGGAGGAGAUGUUCCUGGGCAUGCCAAGCGAGUUUCCCUGGGGAGAUGAGAUCAUGCUUUUCCUCAACGUUUUUAAUGGGGCUCUGAUCCUCCACCCAGAAGACAGUGCCCUGCUCAGGCAGUACGCCGCCACAGUCAUCAACAGCGCGGUGCACUUCAACCACCUUUUCUCCCUCAGCGGCUACCAGUGGAUUCUACCCACCAUGCUGCAGGUGUACUCUGAUUAUGAAAGCAAUCCACAGUUGCGUCGAGCCAUCGAAUUUGCCUGCCACCAGUUCUACAUUCUACACCGGAAGCCCUUCGUGCUCCAGCUCUUUGCUAGUGUGGCCCCUCUCCUGGAGUUCCCUGAUGCUGCUAAUAAUGGGCCUAGCAAAGGUGUAUCAGCUCAGUGCCUAUUUGAUUUACUGCAAUCCCUGGAGGAAGAGACCACUGACAUAUUAGAUAUCUUAGAGCUGGUCAAAGCUGAGAAGCCUCUUAAGUCAUUAGAUUUCUGCUAUGGAAAUGAAGACCUGACAUUCUCUAUAAGUGAAGCCAUUAAGCUCUGUGUUACUGUGGUGGCCUACGCUCCUGAAUCAUUUAGAAGUCUUCAGAUGCUGAUGGUCCUGGAAGCUUUAGUCCCAUGUUACCUCCAAAAGCUAAAGAGGCAGACGUCCCAAGUGGAGACAGUGCCUGCUGCCCGUGAGGAGAUCGCUGCCACAGCUGCUCUUGCAACGUCCCUACAGGCCCUGUUAUACAGCGUGGAGGUCCUCACCAGGCCCAUGACAGCCCCACAGAUGAGCAGGUGUGACCAAGGUCAUAAAGGGACCACCACAGCCAAUCAUACCAUGUCUUCUGGGGUGAACACCAGAUACCAGGAACAAGGCGCCAAACUGCACUUUAUCAGGGAAAACCUUCACUUGCUGGAGGAGGGCCAAGGCCUUCCCAGAGAGGAACUGGAUGAGAGGAUUGCUCGGGAGGAGUUCAGAAGACCCCGCGAGUCCCUGCUGAAUAUUUGCACCGAGUUCUACAAGCAUUGCGGGCCAAGGCUAAAGAUCUUGCAAAAUCUGGCUGGGGAGCCGAGGGUCACUGCCCUGGAGUUGCUGGAUGUGAAGUCCCACAUGAGGUUGGCAGAAAUUGCACACUCCCUUCUGAAGCUGGCGCCAUACGACACCCAGACAAUGGAGAGCCGUGGGCUUCGGCGCUACAUUAUGGAGAUGCUGCCUAUUACCGACUGGACAGCCGAGGCAGUGAGGCCGGCUCUUAUCCUCAUUUUAAAGAGAUUGGAUAGGAUGUUCAACAAAAUUCAUAAGAUGCCAACUUUGAGGCGACAGGUUGAGUGGGAGCCUGCCAGCAAUUUGAUUGAAGGGGUUUGUUUGACACUUCAGAGGCAGCCAAUCAUAUCCUUCCUGCCUCACCUUAGGUCACUGAUCAAUGUCUGUGUCAAUCUGGUGAUGGGAGUGGUAGGACCUUCCAGUGUUGCUGAUGGAUUACCCCUUCUUCAUCUCAGCCCUUAUCUCUCACCACCUCUGCCCUUCAGCACAGCUGUUGUCCGGCUUGUAGCAUUGCAGAUACAGGCUUUAAAAGAAGAUUUUCCUUUAAGCCAUGUGAUCUCCCCAUUCACCAAUCAAGAGCGAAGGGAGGGGAUGCUUUUAAAUCUGCUCAUCCCAUUUGUGCUCACAGUAGGAUCUGGAAGCAAAGAUAGCCCAUGGCUGGAGCAGCCAGAGGUGCAGCUGCUCCUGCAGACGGUCAUUAACGUACUCCUGCCUCCACGGAUCAUCAGCACGUCCCGGAGCAAGAACUUCAUGUUGGAGAGCUCCCCCGCCCACUGCUCCACCCCCGGGGAUGCAGGGAAAGACUUGCGCAGGGAAGGGCUGGCGGAGUCCACCAGCCAAGCAGCAUACUUAGCGCUGAAGGUGAUCCUCGUCUGCUUUGAGAGGCAGCUGGGCAGCCAGUGGUACUGGCUGAGCCUCCAGGUGAAGGAGAUGGCCCUGCGGAAGGUGGGAGGCCUGGCCCUGUGGGACUUCCUGGACUUCAUCGUGAGGACCCGGAUACCCAUCUUCGUGCUCUUGCGCCCUUUCAUCCAGUGCAAGCUGCUGGCCCAACCAGCAGAGAAUCACGAGGAGCUUUCCGCCCGGCAACACAUUGCAGACCAGCUGGAGCGGCGCUUUAUUCCACGCCCUCUGUGUAAGAGCUCCCUUAUUGCUGAGUUCAACAGUGAACUAAAAAUUCUAAAAGAGGCAGUUCACAGUGGGUCAGCCUACCAAGGGAAGACGUCCAUCAGUACUGUGGGCACGUCCACGUCUGCUUACCGCCUGAGCCUGGCCACCAUGUCCCGCUCCAACACGGGCACCGGCACCGUCUGGGAGCAGGACAGUGAGCCCUCCCAGCAGGCUUCACAGGACACCCUGAGUCGGACUGAUGAGGAGGAUGAGGAAAAUGACUCAGUAAGCAUGCCCAGUGUGGUAAGUGAACAAGAAGCUUACCUCCUGAGUGCCAUUGGAAGGAGGCGGUUCUCCAGCCACGUCUCUAGCAUGUCUGCACCUCAGGCUGAGGUGGGCAUGUUACCCAGCCAAAGUGAACCUAAUGUCCUCGAUGACUCCCAGGGCCUGGCCGCCGAGGGCAGCCUCUCUAGGGUGGCGAGUGUGCUAAGUGAACCCGGCCAGCAAAACCUCCUCAUUCAACAGCCACUGGGGAGGAAGAGGGGGCUGAGGCAGCUAAGACGGCCUCUGUUAUCACGCCAGAAGACUCAGACUGAACCCAAAAACCGCCAUGGGGCUCGGCUGUCAACUACUCGCAGAAGCAUUCAACCCAAAAUGAAACCAUCUGCGGAUCAGAAACGAUCUGUGACAUUCAUUGAAGCUCAGCCAGAGCCAGCAGCUGCCCCAACAGAAACACUUCCUGCCCCAGGCCAGCCACAGGGCUGCAGUCCAGCCCCAUCUAGGAGACCAGAAGGAAUGGACAAACCAGUCCUUACGUCUUCCCCUGCAAUUAUUGUUGCCGAUCUUCACAGCCUGUCUCCCAAGCAGAGUGAGAUUCUCCCCAGCGAAGAAGGAGAAAAGAAGGAGGACGCAGAAGUACAAGGUGCUGCAGCACACAGCCCUCUCUCUGCUCAGCUCUCAGACACUGAUGACUUCACAGGCCUCGAGACGUCCAUUCUCCUACAGCAUGGAGACACUGUCCUUCACAUCAGCGAAGAAAACGGCAUGGAGAACCCCCUGCUGUCCAGCCAGUUCGCUUUCAUUCCCACUGAGCUGGGGGAGACUGAUGUAGACCUAGAUGAGUCUCAUGUUUAAUUCUGUAUCUUGCAACAUUUGCCAGUGUAGACAGCAUGUAGAAGGGAUCACUUUGAAUACUUUUGCUUGGAAAAGAAAAAAAAACAGCACUUUAAUGUCCAACAGGUGACACAAAUCUCAGUAGAUUUUGCUGCUGAUGCACAUACUGUUCAUAAACAUCUUUUAAAAAUCAAUGGCUAACAUGAUGUGGUUGGGUGAAGACCAUAAAGACCAGGGAGAAAUACAGGGAAAGAGCCAUUUUACUGCACAAUGUUUAUGAUUCAAGAAGCCUUGAGCAGUUAAAAAUGUAUACUAUUACAGAGCUGCUUCCUAGGAAUAUUAACAAAUAAUAUGUUCCAAUUAGCGAAUGCAAUUUUUUGAGGUUACUCACAUCAUACAUCUCAUGCAAAUGUUUAUUUUUAUAGUUUUAAAAAUAACUAAAUCAGGUGGCUGUACAAGUAACCAUUUACAUUAAAAUGAGGAAAUUUUAGUUUGAGGAGGCUAGACAGAAUAUAAACCUGCAGCCAUUUUGAUCAACUAUAUACUUUUAGAAGAAGAAAAAUAAAACUAUUUUUAGAGCUGUGGACUUUUCAAUAUUUAUUUUUCAACCAUCAUUUUCACUGCAGGUUGUAAAUCAAAAUGCUAAUGCCAUAAGAUCAUUCCAUUUCAUAAUUAAUCACAGUAGAUAGAAAAUAUUCUAAAAAUUAUCAGAUAUAAUUCUGAAUUAAGGAGAACCUAAAUAGCCUAUAUUAUAAGAACUAAAUGUAAAUAUGAUAGCUAGAAAGAGAUGUUAUUCCUAAUACUAGCCCUGACUAGUUCAACUGCCAAGAUUAGGAGAUAUUGGAAAAUGUUAUUAUUUUUCUUUACAGUAUCCUGUGCCUGCCCUUAAGGGCAUAUUUUCAGAUAUUAAGGUUAUGGUUGUUAGAAUUGGUUCAAUGAAAUAACUUUUUCUCAGUGUUAACAUAUUCUUAUGAUCCUUUAGACAUCUGAGUUUAUGAGGAAAAAAAGGUAAAGUGAGCAACCUCUUCAUAGAUAUAGUCAGCUUGUGUACUUUAAUUUGAGGAUCAAGAAAAGUACAAAAUUUAGAAGGCUUGUAAGGCCAUAUCUGGUGGGUGAUUGAUCCUAUAUUGGGCUUGGCAUCAUAUAUUUCAAAAUUGAAUUUCAAAAUCUUAACAGUUUACAUUAUAAAACUAUUACCUAACUACUAAGCAUAUAGAAACUCAUAUACAUACCUAAAUUGGUAUGGUGGUGUGUGUGUGUGUGUGUGUGUGUGUGUGUGUGUGUGUGUGUGUUUUCUAGUCCUCCAGAUUUUGAUCAUAUUGUAAUGAAUUUAAAAUCAUAUCUUGUAUGCUUAAACUUGGACUAGGUUGGCUAUGAUAAGUAUAUGUAUAUAUAGAGAGAGGAGACCUACUAAACCCAUUCAAAUCACAAAGGAAAGUUAUUUUUCUGUUAGAAUUGCUUAUUAAAUAGGCAUUAUUUAUAUUGUGAUUUAUGCUUCCCAAUAUAAUUUGGGGUUUUGGUCCCAUUUACUAAGAGAAUGAAAGAUAUCUGUGAGUUAAUGGACAAAUCUAAAAUUUUCAAACCUAAAACUUCAGAAUAUAGAGGUGGUAAAUGGCCUCUUUUAUGUUUUACAAUAUUUUCAGAACAUUUACACUUAAUGCUGAAAUAUACAUAUAAGUGGUUUUAUGAUUCUUUCUAAGCUGAUGUAUUUUGCUUGUUAAAAAUUAUGCUGCUCAAUUAGUGUUAGAGGCCUUAUGUUUGGUGACUACAUGUCUGAGCUAUAUGAGUCUCUCUAUAUGUGUGCACUUUGUUCUAGUUUCUUGAUUGUUGAUUCAAAUUCUCUAUGUAUAAUUGUAUCAAAUAUUUAAAAAGUAAAGGGAUCAAAGAAGAUGGUUAUAUAUCCUAUAAGAAUCCUAAAUACCUAUAUAUAUAUUUUAAAGGUAUUGGGUUGUUUUGAACAUGAUUAUGCUGGCCUGUCUGCCUUUUAGCCUGACUCCUUCACUCUAGUGUCAUGGAAAUCUGUUGGAAACUUUUUCAAUAAGCUAAGUAUUGUUGUACCUUGCAAAAAAGCCUCCACUCUGAGAAACACAGCCUUACAGAGUGGGAAUGUUUCAUACUGGGACUACUGAGAUUUUGCUGAUGUGUGCAUCUGUUUCAUUUAAGGUGCCCUUGAAUGUAAUGUGUUCAAUGUUUAUGUAUAAUCGAUAAAAUAUCUCUAUGUAUGUGCAUAAGAUUGUCACAAGAUGUAUUCUCAGGAAUACUGUUACCUGGAGUUUGAAAGAUUGGAAGGUGAAGAUUAGAAAAAAGUUCAAGAUAAUUAACAAUUUUUUUGUAACACAACACGAUGUACAAAAUAUUGAGUAGACCAAAAAUCAUUACAUAUGAUAUAGUAUUGAUAAUACUAGAUCAUUUCUUAAGCUAUAGUGCUUAGUGAUACUUAUCUUGUUCAAAGGAAAAUUGAAACAGACAUCUACUUCUCAUGUAUAAAAAAUUGGAUUCAGCCAAGAAGUUGCUUCUUCUGAAAUUAACUUUUAAGAGACCUUGGAAUAAACAAAUAUCAUCCAUGGUAGUGGGAGUAGAUUUAUACUACUCAGAUUCAGUUAGGGCAGUUCAAAUGCUGGAUACAGCACUUUCUACAGCAAAACAUUUUACUUUCUUUUCAGUGUUUGCUGCUUUCUGUAAUUCUAUUAGAUAAGUUAUUUGAUUAGGAAAUCAAGUUACUGAAUGCACUGAGACAAGGCUCUGAGAGCUAUAGUGUCAAAAGGCAUCAAUGGGCAUGGCAGUGCUGGGGGAAAGAAAUCUGUGGUGUUUGGGAGUCUGGUUAGUGUCUGUUGCAUGGGCUAGGGGUACCUGGUUUGCUAUUUCAAGCCCCAAAGAGUACCUUAGACAGGUGACCACCUCCCUCCUUUAGCAUCUUAACCUUUAGUCAAUGAAGAACAUUCUCCGCUCUGCUGUCUGGCUCCAACAGUUAUCUAAGAUGAAAAUAGGGUAUGUAUAGAGGCCAACAGGGAAGAAAGAGUUAUAAAUAGAAUUAUAGUCCAAAACACAAAUUAAAUACCCUUCCUCAAGAUAUACAGGAUACUUUAAUAGUCUCUGGAAUUUGCUGCUGUCACAGAGUCAUGAUGUUACCCUGUGACCUCACACUUCCAAUUCUAUGGCCCUGUCUUGGCAGUGAAUAUAAGGUCCCGCUUCCUCAUUUACUUGAGUGGGUCUCAACUGCAGCAUUUCAGUAACAAAGUCUGGCUUGACACUCAGGAGAAUAAAACCAAGUUAAGGGCAGAAUGUACUUGGAAAAGCUUAAGACAAAUUUACUUAUAUUAUUUUAGGAUCAUUUAGAAUUACAGAUCAAUGUACCUCCAUAAUUUUCAAUAGUCACUGUGACUGCAGGAUAAAAAUCCUUUAUUAGCCAUUUUAUAGAUAAAAACACAAGAUUCAUUACACAGCCUACUUCCCUCAGAUGACUAUGAAGUCUGUUAUGAAUACCGAAUGACCAAAGAGCAUGAAAAAAAUGCAUAUGAAUAAAUACUGAACGUUUAUGAAAGAUAUUAAGACAUCUGUGUUUGAAUAUGCACAUGUAAUAAAAUAAAUCUAAAAAUAA